GGGGCGGAGCGCGGGCGGGCGUCCGGCGUGCACGCUGGAGCCGGAAGCGGUGGCGGGUCAGGGGCGCGUCUACCCGACCCUACCCUGUCGGUCUGUGCUUCGGCUGAGGUCCCCGCGGGCUGGAGAGCACAGCGAGGUGACGCUUAGAGACGGCAAGGGGGACGGCCCUUGGUGAGGGGACGAUCCGGAGUUCAACUUUCAGAAGAGAGAAGCCCCGGCAGGUCUGUUUCGAGGAUCCCUUCAGCUGCUCACCUCAUGGGCCAGACGGCCCUUGCAAGGGGCAGCAGCAGCACCCCCACCUCGCAGGCUCUGUACUCUGACUUCUCCCCUCCCGAGGGCUUGGAGGAGCUCCUGUCUGCUCCCCCUCCUGACCUAGGGGCCCAACGGUGCCACGGCUGGAAUCCCAAGGAUUGUUCCGAGAACAUCGAUGUCAAGGAAGGGGGGUUGUGCUUCGAGCGGCGCCCUGUAGCCCAAAGUACCGAUGGGGUCCGGGGAAAGAAGGGUUACUCGAGGGGCCUGCAUGCCUGGGAGAUCAGUUGGCCCCUGGAGCAGAGGGGCACACACGCCGUGGUGGGCGUGGCCACUGCUCUCGCCCCGCUACAGGUUGACCACUAUGCGGCGCUUUUGGGCAGCAACAGCGAGUCGUGGGGCUGGGAUAUUGGGCGGGGCAAAUUGUAUCAUCAGAGUAAGGGCCUGGAGGCUCCCCAGUACCCAGCCGUACCUCAGGGUGAGCAGCUAGUGGUGCCAGAGAGACUGUUGGUGGUUCUCGACAUGGAAGAGGGGACUCUGGGCUACUCUAUUGGGGGCACCUACCUGGGACCAGCCUUCCGUGGACUGAAGGGCAGGACCCUCUAUCCCUCUGUAAGCGCUGUUUGGGGCCAGUGCCAGGUCCGCAUCCGCUACAUGGGCGAGAGAAGAGCCGAGGAACCACAAUCCCUUAUGCACCUGAGCCGCCUGUGUGUGCGCCAUGCGCUGGGGGAUACCCGACUUGGCCAAAUCUCCACCCUGCCUUUGCCCCCUGCCAUGAAGCGCUACCUGCUCUACAAAUGACCCUUUCAUACCGGCACCUGGCCAUCAGCACGGUGGGGACAGGUGGAGGCGCACCAUCGACCUAGAACGACAACGUAAAAGCCAGUGAAGCUGAGGCGAGGAGAGGCUAGGCGCCUUCACUAACCAUUACAGAGGGCCAAGACAAGGAAGUGGACCUAAAGGCUGUGGUAGCCUGCUACAAAAGAUGUUUUUCAAGUAAAAGUGAGAUGUGUUGUCAGA